CUGGACUUUGCACUGGGUUUUCACAAGCUCCUCUUAAGUGUUCAUUCAGACUAUGACUUGAAUUCAUGCUGGAUUUUAAAUAUUCCCUUUGGGAUUUCUUUAACUACACACAAAAGGAGCAGGCGUGUGAAGAUGUACAGAAGUGACAGUCCACUGGUGAAUGACAACAGCAGUUAUGCGGGAUCAUUACAGUCAAACAACUUCUCGGUCACAGAUGAGGCGUCAUCACAGGUGUCAUGCAUGUCAAGGCCCAGUCCAAAGUCAAUAUACUUGCGGAGGAAGGAGUACGCCGCCUCCAUGAACAAGACCAUCAAGUAUUUCCAUUACAGAGUGGAGCAUCUCCUUACAUGUGACCUGGACAGUGCUGAGCUGCAAAGCCUUACAGAUUGCAUCGAGAGGCUCGAUUUGCUCGACAAGAUGGGUCGAGUGUGGGGCCAGAACAUGCUGCUGGAGGUCAACGGGCCCGACCUGCUUCUUACCGACAUAGAGACCAGGGAGGUGCUGGAGUCCAUCCAUCUGUGUGACGUUCUGGAGCUGAGAGCUGUGUUGAACACUUCAGCGUCAAACUCUCUCCUGGCUUUGAGAGUCAAAUCCAGCAGGAAACACACCACAUGCGUCUUCCUGUUCCACUGCGAGGAUGUCAGGGCUGAUUAUGUCCAAAGGGGUCUCUCAUUGGCACGUUUAAGUGCAGCUCAAGAUGAAGUCAACCGAAGUCAACUUGAAGCCAAGGAGAAGCCUUUCGAGUGGGACCCUCCGGAUUACAAUGAAGACACAGACCUGGUUGCAGCUCCAAAAGAAGUUGAUGAUGCUAAUCAGGAGGAAGAGGAGGAGAAGAUUUCAAUCAAAGAAGCACCUUCGCAACCUCCACGGCCUUACACAGAGUUGGACAGAGACGUGGACAUCUUAAAUCACAUCGUGAGUGAUGUUGAGAUCUUCAUGGGAAAGGUGGCCGCUUCAUUAGCAAAAAAUGCGAAGAAAAAAAAGAAAAAGAAAAAAGGUAAAGCACUGGCCGGUAUGCCUCCAACGUCAGAGUUUGCAGAGUGUCUUCAAAAGAUUAAAUAUGGUUUCAACCAUCUGGUCAACCUAAUGGGAAAGAUUGACAACCCUGGUGUUUCCAUAUUUGUGCACUGCCUGUUCUCUGCGUUACAAUUUGUCGUAUCUCAGUGCUCUGAGGACGUUCCCCCGAGCAUCGUGGCUCCCCUGCUGACUCCUCAGUGCAUCUGUCUGAUGAGUGAGGAGGCGACCGAGGAGGAGGACAAGCUGUGGCAGUCUUUGGGAGACGCUUGGAAUAUUCCCAGCACCAAAUGGCCCGAGGAUGACGAAGAUAUCCCAACGUAUAACCUGCAGUUUUUUGAUGGUUGGCAGCCUCCUGAGCUCAGGGAACCCCCUGCAGCCCCCAUCGAGACCCCGGUCAGGGUGCAAGCAGUUCGACAGCCCCUGCCCAGCAAGCCCACUAACCCUACCACCACCAAGACACCGUCCACUCCUCCUCCUCCGUCUCCUCCUCCUCCUCCAGUAACACAACAUGCAAGGAUACAAACUAGACUACCUGAGAAGAAGCUACGUCGCAUGCGCGUCAUGCACGACUUCAUCUCCAGAAACAACAGGGAGCUGACCAUCAAGAAAGGCGAAAUUGUGGAGUUGCUGGACAUGAGAAAGCUGUGGUGGAAAGUGAGGAACAGUCGAGGAGAAGAAGGCUUUGUUCCCAACAAUGUCCUCACUGAAAAGGAAGAACAAGCUGAUGCCGCGGUGACUGCUCAAAUUGAGUGCACUAACUCUCCGAUCUUAAGCAAGAAAUCCAAACCAGCAGAGGUCAAAGCCUGGCUUGAACACAUGGGCUUCACCAAGAUAACGGUUCGUUGCCUGGGCGUGCUGAGUGGCUCCAUGCUCCUGAGUAUGAGCCGUGAGGAACUGAAGACAGUUUGUCCAGAAGAAGGUGGAAGAGUCUUCUUCCAAUUAAAAGCAGUUCGCUCCGGAUCCUUGGCUGCAGCAACCUGAGCUCAGGAGGCAGUCUACUCAUGGAGAAAAACGUCGCCAGAGACGCGGUCAUGACCUCUGGCAUUUUCCCAUUGUCACUUUUCACAUGAAAUAUGUAACAUAUUUAUAUUUAUGAAAUUUUAAAAGACAAAGUCAAAUCACUGUGAUUUUGAUUAUAUGCACUCACUGAACUUAAAUAAGAUGAAAAAAAUAGCCAUUUUGAGUCCUAAAUACCAUGGCUAUCAUUUACUAAUUUGUUCUAUUUUUUAUUUCACAAGAAGUGACCUCAGAGUAUGACAGUACUCAAACUCUAUUAAUGAAUCCACCUUACAGGUUUAAGUGUUAUAGUUUUCAGUUUUGAUUUGCAUUGUAAGUGUAAAUUUCACCUGAAGGAAAUAAAUGAUGCCAACACAUGAAGUUUUCGUGGGCUGUUUGCAGGGUCUCUGCAGGGUUCUACAAGCCAAAUUUAAGACUUUUUAAACCAUAAUAAGUAAAAAAAAAAAAAAAAACAUUAACCAUAAUGAAUGAAAUUUAACAUCAUUACUGGCAAAAAAAAAAACAUACAAAAGAUUUAAAGGGAACCUCGGACUUAAAGACUUGUAGGCUCUAAUAUGCCACAAUUGUUCUCUUUUACUAAAAUAUGUUAUUAGAGGCACAUAAAAUAUUGCCAUUGAUUUAAAAAUAUUAUAUUUAGGAUACAUUUUGACCUACGGAAGGUGCCAUGUUUUAGGCGCACGGUGGACGCUCGGGGUGAUGACGUAGAUUGUCACUUGACAACUACUACCGGGUUACUGCAAUUCUUUCUUCAUGUCAGGACGUCCAAAAUAUGCGUGAAUUAUUUCAAUUAUGUUCAGACUUCCAUUCAGCCCUUUUGCACUUGCUGAGUGUGCCAGUCCAUUUUUUUCUCCCUCAAACGAACGUUUGAUCGGCUGAUGACUUGACCCCUCCCACACACACACACCAACACACAUGAACACUCACCCCGCCCUGACAACUUAAUGUCAAUAACAUGCCACCUCCUCCGCCCCCUUCGAAGACAAGGGAUAUUAGAAUUUUUUUUUUUUUAAUCGGCCAGCAGCAGCCAUCGUAAGUAAUUUAAAAUAGACAUCAAUGCUGUGAAGGUGGGGAACACACCACAAAUUUUGCCCCUGAAAGUCCGACCUGCAUCAGAGUUAGUCUAAUAUUAAACCGUGUGAAUUUGCUAACCUGCAAAACUCAAGUAGGAAGCUGCUUAGAGAGAAGUGUCCUCUUGUAUUUAUUUCUCUACUGUUAACGUUAAUUAAACUGUGAGAAAUGUAGUGAACUGAGGUUGAUCCCCUUCUCCACAAUUUUCAUUUUUAUUUUAUUUAUGUGGUCUUAAAGCAGCCCAAAGGAGCUUUCAUUUUUAGUUCAGUUUGGCUGUGCUCCUGAACAAAAUCAGUUGUGUUUUAUCUGAAGGAAGGCUCUGUUUUUAUUUAUUUUUGUUAUUCCCUAUUUUUCAGUUAUACCUAAUUUCUUUAUUUAGACAGAAAAUGUUGAGUGGUCUUAAGACAAAUAUUUUUGCAUUCCGGGAUUGUUAAGAGAUUAUUAACAAGUUUGUAUUUAUUGUGUAUGUUAAUAUCAUGUUAAAAUAUUAAUAUAUAAUAACAUGCUAAUAAAACCCAGACAUUUAUUCUGGAAGUUUUCUAAACAUUUUAGAAGUUUUUGAAAACAAAGGUUUGAAUUGAACAAUGUAUCACCUGAAUCAAUACAUAUGAAAGUUAGUAUAAAUCAAUACAGAUUUAUUUUUGCAUUGAUCCUUGAGCCUAUCAAUUAAUUAGGUUCAUAUCCGUGAGAAAUUUAGCGAUGACCCCUGUUUGCCCAAUCUUUUUGGUCUUAUUAACGUCCUUUCCCCAGCAAAAAGUGUACAUGCAGGAUAUACUGUUCUAGCAUCCCUACCAAUGUUGAGACCAAACCUACGCUCUUGCACAGAGGUUCAGAUGACCACAGUAUAGCGCAACAGCAAAAACUCUUACCUUGCUGACAUCUAGCACUGGUGCAAAAUAGCAUAAGGAUGGUAAAAUGUGAUUGUGAUUGUGUGAUCCUUGAAAUAAAAAUAAUGCCAGUCAAAACAGUUAAUCAUGAAUAAACGUGCUUUAUUUAAACUGCUCAGACAAUUCUCACCAAAGACUUGCCAACACUGUCGGGAUCUGAUUAUCUCACUAGAGCCCCACAACGGGCAGAGAACCAUGACAUUUGAAUUAUCGAACACAAAAACACAUAGAAAUUCCUCAGAACUGAUGAUUUUGUGAUCGUGUUUAACAUUUGAAUACUCUCAUCCAUGUAAUGGGACAAGAGAAAUGAACACAACUAUAGGAUUAGGCCUUGUGAGGUAGGUCGUGCUACAGUAUCCUGUGUGUCAGACAAGAACAAACCAAAUUAGAAUGAAACCUUUGUGUUAAAAAAAAUAAUAAAAUAAAAGGUGGAUUCUGACAAUUGAAUGUGAGUGAUCAAUUUAUGUCGGUUUUUUGCUUUAAACAAACAAACAAAAAAAAAGUAAAAACAAAAUAAAAUUGCUGGUUAAGAUUACAAAUAUUAUUUGGAUGGAUUCUUCAGCAAUAAAACACAAUUAUGUUUCCCUUUGAUCUACA